AUGGUGGAUCUUCCAGCAGUUCUCAUAGGGCUUGAGUUCUUGGCCGAUACUAAACCGCACCACCGCCGACGCAUCCUCAAACAGGCGUUCAAGCAGCUGCCGGCUGAGACGCAGAAUAAAGUUUACGGCCUGCACCGAGGCACGUCACAAUAUGAGGUUGACUCCAUCCUGGGGCCAAACUCAAACACUGUUGUCCUGGCAGAAGGCGAGGUACAUGUCGGUCUGUUUACCGAGGCUGCAAGGAUCAAUCACUCCUGCAGACCAAAUGCGUUCUACCGGUUCUCCGAGCGGAGGCUGACCAUGGAGGUCGUGGCCUACCACGCCAUUGAACCAGGGGAAGAGAUCGUCAUGAGCUACGUGCCUAUCGAGACCCCAAUAGAAAAACGCAGGUCGUACCUCAAGGAACACUGGGGGUUCGACUGUGCCUGCUCGCUCUGCCGCGCACCUCAGGAAGUCAUUGACGAUUCCGAGAGCCUGCGGCGGCGGAUCAAGGAUCUAAAAGCCACAAUCGCAGACGCAAAGGCCGAAGGCUUCUACCAAGAUGCCAUCAACAUGGCCGAGGAAUGGCUCAUGUUCUCCGAGGAAGAGAGGGUUCCGCCACUGGCACCGGAGUAUCAUGACAUGAUGGCCGACCUGUACUUGCUCAACGGCGAUUUUGUCAACGCCACGAGGCAUGCUCGCAUGGCUGUUGAUGGCUGGGCUAGGUUGGGAAGUGUCGAUGACGAGGGGUUGGAGAAGGCGAGGGUGUUUCUUCGGCGGGUGAAUCAGAUGAAUGACAAGGAGAAAUACUAG